AUGGUUGACGCUAAAGGUAGUACGCCAUGUUUGAUUGGUGAUUCGAUAAGGAACAUCAACGAUGAGAAUAGUUUGGAUUUCCAAUAUAACAACCAGUUUAAUGAAGAAGGUGAAGCUUCGAGAUUACUAACGCCACAAACGAGUUCUAAUCACGCCUUGAACAAGAUUCAGAAGGAUAGUGAUAUCCGAGAUAGAUCAUAUACAUCCGUAGCGGAAUUGAACCGUGAAGGUGCUUUGCUAACUGACGAAGUUGAUUUAGAAAACGUCGAUGCUUCGAAAGUUCGCAGUGGUAGAGAUGACGUCGAGGCUGAGGAAAAGAGGAAAAAACUUCUGUUGUUGAAGAGGAAACAAAGAAACAGUGCGAUUAAUUCAGACAGCUUCUCCUCCACUUCGUUACGUGCUUCGAAAUCUAACUCACUGAUUACAUCGACUGACCCAAUCGAAGACCAUAUCAGCAAAUAUUCGUCGUCAGGCACGCCGGUCGAUGUCGCAACCAAUGCAAACCAAGAAGAUGAAGACAUUAUCAGGAACUCUUAUGGGCAAAUGAUCAAAAAUAAUUCAAAUAGGCCACAUUUAGCGAAGGGUGAAUCAUAUCAAUCAGCAGAACAAGAAGUAGAUCAUAUGGCGCCUGAGAAAUCAGAAAAAAGACAAGAGAGAAGCGGGAGAUCUUUUGAUAGACAGACAUCAUCCGCUGAAUUUUUAAGAUCCUUGUCGAGGUCAAUUAGUCGUGGACCUAAAAAAAAUAAAACGGUUUCACCUACCAAAGGAGAGGACUCAAGGUUAUAUAGUACUAGCAACUACUCUAUAUCGUUAGUUGAUUUGGAGAAUGGUCCUAAGGUUAUUCCAGAAACUCUGGAAGAAGAGCAGGAAGACGCCGAAAAAGAGGGUAUUUUGUUGGAAGAUGAAGGCAACGAGGAAUACACUAAAGACUUGGAAGAAGCAGCUAACAAAGUUCAACAACUAUGA